CCCGGCGGGGCGGGGACGAGAGUUUCAGACCAGCAUUGCAUCGCUGCUGGGCGCGCGCAUUUUACUUUUUGGGUCAACAAAGAAAAGCUUCCCUCCGUUUUUUUUCCACACCAUGGCGUCGUACCAGUACCGCAACUCGACGUACUUGCACGAGAGGCACGACAGCAAUGCCUCGCGGAGGCCGGAUUCCCAGCGGCGAGACACGCGCGGCACGAGGUCAAGCGACGGCACCGUCAGCACCAUGAUGAGCGAGCGCUCGUCCGGCAGGGAAUCCUCGGGCACGACCAUGACCGAGGGCCCGGCCUACUCCAAGAAGAUCGUCGUGGUCGGCGACGGCGGCUGCGGCAAGACGUGUCUGCUCAUCAGCUACAGCCAAGGGUACUUUCCAGAGAAAUACGUGCCCACCGUCUUCGAGAACUACAUCACCUACCCCGUACACCCACCCACCGGUAAGACGGUGGAGCUCGCGCUGUGGGACACCGCCGGGCAGGAGGAGUACGACCGGCUGCGCCCGCUCUCCUACCCCGAGACCGACCUGAUCUUUGUGUGCUUCGCCAUCGACUGCCCGAACUCGCUGGAGAACGUCAUGGACAAGUGGUACCCGGAGGUGCUGCACUUCUGCCCGUACACGCCGCUGAUCCUGGUGGGGCUCAAGUCGGACCUGCGGUACAAGCGGACGUGCAUCGAGAUGCUCAAGACGCAGGGGCUGACGCCCGUGACGACGGAGCAGGGCCUGGCCGUGGCCAAGAAGAUGGGCGCGCAGUACAUGGAGUGCAGCAGCAAGGAGAUGAAGGGCGUCGAGGAGGUCUUCGAGCGCGCCAUCCUCACCGUCGUGGCUAACGAUCGCAGGACGCUCGAGGCCGAGGCCGCUGCUUCUGCCUCCGCCUCCGCCUCGGCCUCUUCUGCGUUUGCUGCUGCCGGCGCCGGCGGAGGCGGGAGGAGAGGCAGCGUCGCGCCGUAUGGCCCCGGCGGCGGGAUGGUCACGUAUGGGAGUGACGGCGUCGCGAUCCCGAUUGUUAAGAAGAAGAAGAGAAAGUGUGCGCUGGUCUGAUGAGCUGGGCAAGCGAGUUGUUUUGGGAGGCCCACGGGGAAGAAGGAGGCCACAAUGCUGCUGUUGCUGCUGCUCUGAGUUGUCCCGGCAUUGCGUGUGGCCAGCGCAGAACGGCAGCUCGAGGGAGACUGCAGAGCCUCUUCAUGAUGACCAUGACGUUUUGCAGCAAGCAAACCUUAUGCAUGAUCCCAACAUGGUCCGCGCUGUUGUCAUGUUCUGUUUUUCUGAUAUUUUUCUCUUUUCUUCACUCUUAGUGGCACUUUUUGCUUCUAUUUUUUGCUUCUACUUUUGUUGCACGACCUGUCUUCUUUUCCUUCUGUCACGACCUUACCGAUGGCCACGGCGAGGCAUCCAAAGCGGGCGACUACUACUGUCUUUUCUGGGUCUCUUAACUGUUUCGUCCUCUUGUUUCCUCUCUUGUCUUGCGGCCGGGGAACGAUAGGCGGAUUCGACGGGACUGGCUGAUUGAUUGACUGAUGGUUGGAUGGGUGGAUGAUGAUGCUGAUGCCGGGUUGGCGA